GUUAUAGCACGAGCGACUUGAUGAAAAAGGUUACAUGGUCGUUAAUACCUGGGGCUCCCCGAGAUUGUUCACAACAACGGAGGAAGCCGCACCAGCUCUGACUAAAGAAAACCCUUUCUCGGUAUUUUUUUGUUCAUCCUGUUCGGACCCACAGUGCCGUGAACGUGUUCCUGUGCGAAGAGGCUUCAGUUCCUUCACUGGUCGCUUUUGUUUGAUGCCGAGCUAGCUUUGUCCUUCCGUGCAGUCACAGCUGUGGUGGGUUGCUGAUAUAUUUAUACAAAUCCUAGUGGAAUAUGGCACAGCAUGGACAUCAUGUAGCCAGUUCCCAAAAAGCACUUAUGUUGGAGAUGAAAAGUCUUCAAGAUGAGCCGGUCGAAGGAUUCAAAAUAACUUUGGUGGACGAGUCGGACAUGUACAACUGGGAAGUAGCGAUUUUCGGACCCCCAAAUACACACUACGAGGGUGGUUAUUUUAAGGUGAGUUGCUAAUGUUAGCUAGCAGUCGGUCUAUUGUUCUGUAGCUGGUAGAUUAAAGACUACAUUUGUGUAAUUUAGUCUUGAAGAGAGUCCAACGGCUAACCUUAGCCUUCAAGUUAGCGUCUACGACAACACCGUUAAUAACGUUAAUGUCGCCGUUGGCUGUCGAACCCCGUUAAACCUUACCGUUUUCACUAAAAAGUCACAUCUAUCUUUAAAAAAACAACUCUUAACUAAUAUCAUGACUGUUUUUGUCUACAACUCUAGGCUUCAUCUCUUAUUUUUUGCUCUGCCUCUUUUUUAAUGGAGCUUCAUUGACUGUCCAAAUUAGUUAUAUUUAGUCCAUAAUGCUUGACAGAGUUGACUUGUGUGUUAACGUGAAACUAAAUCUUGUUAGUAAAAGAAACACCUCAAGCUUUAACAUGAUAAUUAGCAAACUGAUUCAAUCAAUUCCUGUUUGUUUAACAGCACAACUCCAGGUUGAAUAGGCUUUUUGUUAGUAUAUUCAAAUCAACUGAAGGCACAUCAUCCACACUGAAAAGUUACCUUACUUUUUGAAAUAGAGACAAACAAAGGCUUAUUUUUUUAAUGGCUGUAUAACAUUUGACUUCUUGCACUCUUCCUCCUUUUGAGAGUGAAAUGUGUGGGUUCUUCAGAUAUGAGGUUCCUGUUUUUCACUGUGUUAUUUACAAAGAGGGUUGUAAGCCUCCACCAAGUGACUAACUACUGAAUGUCUUGGUUAAGAAAAAUGUCUUACGCCUGUUUGAAGUUUUAUAAAGCAGCAGCUUCUAAAGUUACUCACUUGGCAUCAUGGCUGUGGUCUUAAACCUGUCACUUACUGUGUAUUGGCCUUGUUUUUAGAUUGACCUAAAGCCUCUCUUUAAGUCCUAUUGCUUAAAAUUGAAGGAUGGCAGGAGCAAUCUUUUGUAUUUGAAUUUGAAAAUUGACAUUAAUUUCAAAACUCUCUUGCAACUCUUUUGAUCAUCCAGGCUUCAAGUUGUGUACUGUGCCAAUCCAGCUAAUGAAGCUACAGUUAUUCAAAUGUAUUUUUUUGUCUUGUAAAGGCAGUCAGGAAAUCUGUUCAAACAGAAAACCUCAAACAAACAAGAAUGAUAAUUCAGCUCGGUUGCACAACCCUCUUGUUUUUCUGGUUAAAGGCAAACAGCCCAUAAAUAAAGGUAGACAACAACAACAAACUCUACAUCAACAUUACUAUUUCUUGAUUUUUGGGCUCGUAGCACUGAGUCUGACAUGAGACACAGUUCAGAUAUAUAAUGUUGUUUGGUGGCAAGACAAGUUUGAUGCUAUUUGGGAUUUGAUGAUAUAUUAUUCUAUUACAAUUGGAGUAAGUGCGUAGAAAAACCCAAGGCAUUGGUAGGUUUUAAUGUAUUUUUAAGAUGAUCUGAGUGAGUGUUAUAAAGUUAAAUAGGCCCCAAUUCUACACCUGCCCCAAUAUCUAUCUAGAAUGUAAUGUCAUGGGAGUAUGGAUGGGAAUCGAGAACCAGUUCUUGUUGAGAACCGUUUUUAAAUGGUUCAAUCCAUCGACAUCGUUUAAAUUUUACCGUAACGAUUCCCCUAACAAUUUCUUUCUUCUGGGUGCCGUAAAGUAGGCGGAAACGAUCUAAAGCGUGGCUCAAAAUUUUGCGCACGACUCUGCCCUGCGUAGUAGUGUCCUCUUUUUGGGGAUCCAGAAUAUAGUCAGCCUAAUUUGACUUAAUACCUACCACAGCAAAUGCUGUACAAAAAGUUUGUUGUUUGAUUAAUUUUAGACUCUCACUGAAGGUGGCAUACAUCUUUUCUGUUUUUUUUUAGUUAAUGGUGAAUACCUAUAGUCUACUUUUUUUAAAUCAAAGAAAGGCAUUGAUAAGGGAAUCAUUAAAGAAUUGAAUUGAUAAGCAGAAUCAAUAAUGGCAUCGAUAUCAAUAAAAUCUUCUCAAUUCCCAUCCCUACAUGGAAGCCUCAAGUCUUGAUAGCAGUGUCGAUUAGCUCAGAUGCUAUUUAUUUAUCGAAUUAAAAAAAAAAAGGCAAAACCAGGUCCUCUUUGUGUUUCAAUUCCCAGCCCUCGACUUGAGUUCAGACUGAGCUAGAAUAUUUAAAGGCACAUCAGUUCAGCUGUAGCUGCUGUCCUUGGUGAACCCAGUUCCUGCUAAAGUAUUCUAAUUUUUGCUUCUAGUCUUCAUUAAGCCCUUGAACAGAAGCAAAUAGGGCCCUGGCCAGGCUACUGUAGACGCUGUUCAGUCACUGUGUCUGUGUGGGUGCUCUGCUGUGUACAGGAUUCCUUUUGUCAGGGCCAGGAAUGCACAGGCUGGCUGUGAAAUCCACCGCAUGGUUGUGACUCAUUGUUCUGUGCUGGGUUUCCAUCCAACCAGUUUGCCUUAUUCAAAAAGGAAAAGGAAAAAAAACACCCUUUUUCUAACCAGGUUACCCAAACAAACAAACAGUUAUGACAUGCUGCCACCACCUGUUCCUCCAAAACAGGGCAGGUAAUGACGUCACAUGAAGACUGGCUGAAUCAGGUAUUAAUUCCACAUGGGUGUUGCUCUCAAAGAGUCACACCAUGACGAAUAAGUUAUGACUGCAGGCACACAGUGAGCUGAGACAUAUCGAAAUGUCAUUCAAAAUACUUGACAUGUCUGUGCUGGACGAGUAAACAUACACAACUUUAUUUACCCAUUUAUUUUUAUAACUGAUUUGAACAGUGACCUUAGGGGUUCAUGGCAGGCCCUAACACUGAUGUUCAUUCAGUGGUUGUGAAACAUUUCCAGGCUGUUUAUGAACCUUCUUCUCUGUCAUGUGAAGCAUCACUCCAGGCACCUAAUGAUCACUGAAAGAGGACCAGUCAGUCCUUGUGUGUGAGUGUGCUUAUAGUGGAAAUUUAGUCAGACUGUUGAUUCACAAGUUGUCAGACUCGUUCUAUUGAUGGUAGCGUUCUCACUCAAUUAUUCGUCUAUACAAUUCUCAAUAUGUUGUUGAAGAUCUCGUCAUAACUCUGUCAUCUUCUUUUUUUUUUUUUUUUCAAUCGCUUUCUUGAAGAUCUAUCUUUGACCUCAAUCAGUAAGACUUCAGUGUUUUGUGAAGUAGUACAAUCACAUGCCUUUUUGUGUCACUGCACAACCUCGAAAACUUAGUCGCUAUUAUUUUACAUAACAGCCGGAUAUCUCAAUCAGAGCAAACACAGCCCCUCGAUGAAUUAUUUUCCUGUUUUUAAGAUCUUCAGAAAAAUGUGUCACUCACUAACAUUUUGUUUCUGAACUCGCAGUUUUCAUUUAAGAAUCACAAGGAAACUAGUGAUGGUUAAGAAUGUGUCCUAUCACUGAAUUUUUCUCUUUAAUGGCCCAAUCUUAAAUUUUUGUUUUUCAAUUCUUCUUGUGAACUCCUUUCUCAAGUCCUAAGUAAUCACUGGUCUUUCCAAGAGGCCCCUACAAGGCGCAACCAAUAGGCUUUACCUUACAUGGCACAAAAGUGCAGCAUACCUUAAACUCUAGUUAAGGUUUGCUCAGCUUCAGUUAAAGUCUCAGAUUAUAUGCAUUUUUCAGAUGUUUAAUAAAUGACAUUUACUAGUGUAUGUUGGAGUAUCAUACAAAACCCACCAUCAUCCUCUUUUUGUGUCUAAUAAAUCAACUAAGACGUCCAUAAAAACUUCAGCAAGUCCACUUGAGAACUACGACAUCACUUUUAUGUGACACCAGAGUCAGUCUGUUCACAAUUAGCAGCUUUGACCUCUUCCUGCUCCGUUCUGUGUCAUGCAACAGAGCUGCAGAACAGGGUGUUGCACUCUCUAUCUACAACUGUGAGGUCAUCUGCUUGCUUUUUCUCAGAGGAGUUUGUUGCCUCAGCAUACAGCGGGGACUUUCUCUGUGUCUAUACUGACAUGACUGUUGUGGAAGUUCCUGAGAUCAGUUAAAAGAAAGAAGAGAGAAGAAGAAGAAGAAGAAGGGUGACUAUGUUUGGCGUGCUGCUGCGUCAGCAUCUGGCAGCUUUAAUUGUCAUUUCUGUUACAUGUAAUUAUGCUGUAAAUUGGAUCGUGGGGACUCAAAAUAUACCGUGAAACAAAACAUCUUUCAUAUCUCAGUCAUGUGGUUUUCCCAGAGUGGCUCACUAAACACUGACAGACCUCUUCUUUGCAAUAGCCAUGAAAAAAAAAAGUGGGGUGUUGACGUUUGGUUUUGGCCCGGGCCUGUCUGUCUGUCUAGUUCUGUCGAGCAGCUGACUCUGUGCCUUCCUUCCUUCUUUUUCUUCCUUCCUCGGCAGUGAAGGGGAGGAGGGUACAGGCGAGAGUACCCAACCUCGGCAGCAGAAGGGCCUGACUGGGGCUGGGCCUGGUUGAGUUUGCCGGAGUCAUGUUUCCCCCCUCUGGCUGUGUCGCAGAGAAAUGAGAACAGGGCAGAGGGAAGAAGCAGAGAAACAGCCAGAUCAAGAGCAGGCAGAGCUCUUUCUCCAUGCAGUGGUGCCUCUUUGAAAGAAAAUCCUGCACUUAAUACAAGUGGACUGAAGGCCCUUGUAGACAGUUAAAGCAGUCCCCUAAAGCCUGGCCUUAUUUUUCCUUUUCCUGUUGGCCUAAGAGUGUUGUAAUUGUUUCCCUGACACAAAGCUGUAUGGGCAGUUUCUUUGAAGCGUCCAUGUUUUGUGAUAACCUGUAGAAACACUGUGACAACCUAUUUCUUCUUUUGAACACCCUCAUUCUGGGUUUGUUCAACCAGGCAGGGGGACUGUAGCGAAUGAAUUCGAUCAUCUCUUGGAUUUGUCUAUUUGUGUGUGUUGGAAUGGAAUUUGCUCUAUAUUAGACCCCUUUCUCUCUUCAGUGAAGGUAAAGAGGUGCUCAGAGAGAACAGAAUGAGUCGUUCCAUUCAGGGUCUUCACAUUGACCUUGUUUACUCUGCCCUGCUGUCAUCUACCAACCAGUGGGUGUGUUCACACUCAUUCCCGUUCUCUCUUCAAGUCAGCUUGUUCGUGUACAAUCAAAAAAAGAAUUUUAAAGUGGGAUGUCGAGACGAAUCCUUUACACCAGUGGUUCUCAACUGGUGGGUCCCGACCCAAUAGUGGGUCACGGACACGUUCUGGAUGUGUCACGAACAGCUGGUCAAAAAAGUAAAUAUUUAAUGGGCUAUUUAUAAGAUAUUGUAUAUUUUCUGUAUAUGCAACUUCAGUAGUUGUUGUCCUUUUGUUGUCCCCUUCAUGUGCUCUGAAAUGCACUUUACUCAAUAAAACAAGUGGAUUUAUGUGAAAGAUUAGAGACUUUAAAGUUGUUGGGUUUUUUUUAAUAAAUUUGCAUGGUUUGAAUUCUAUAAAAGUAGGUCACGACUUAAGGACCAUGGGAAAAUGUGGGUCCCAGAGUAAGACCAGUUGAGAACCACUGCUUUACACUGUAUCUUCCAUACCAAACCUUUUCCAACAUGUAUAUCUUUUUCAGUGCAUGGCUUCAUGUCAAGUAGCCCUCAAUUGAGUUGUCCAUAGGGACUAACCUUUGUGCAUGGAUGCUGUUAAUUCUGUGCUCAAUCCAAUUAUGUGGCAUGACAUGCAAGUCAGCCAGUUGCAUGUUUCAGCGACUGGGCUGAGGCCAGCAGCACUUUGUGACAACAAGAGACCUAAUUUUAUCUGAACAAUCAAAUCCAUCCAGGUAGAACAAUAGGGACACAUGUUUAGAAAGAAGAGCAGUAAAGAUCUGAAGAAUAAGCGCUGAUAACUCAAGAAAUAGCCACUCAUGGUUUCCUGAGACGCUGCUGCUGCUGCAUCCUCCUCCCUCUUGUUGCACCUCCUUGGAUUUCACCUCUUCUGUCGGCCCGGUGCUGACGAGAUCGGUGACGAGUUCCUCGCUGCUGCAGAGAAAACAAGCAAACCAAGCAGCCUGUCUGUAUUUACCCGAGCUCCGUCACACCUUUCUACUUCCAUCCAUCCAUCCAUCCAUCCAUCCCUCCAUCAAUCUGGGGUUCAGUGUCACUUUGCGUGGGCAGGCCAACACUUCCCCUCUACCUGCUCUCUCACAGGGUAAACUGCUGUCUUCUGGACUUUUGUUCAGUGUGGUGUUCAAUAUGAAUUUGCUGCUGCCAAGACCAUAACCAGCACGAAUUUCCAGCCUCUUGACUCUGUCUCAUUUGAUGUGUCACAGAGCUCUAAACAAAUUAGUAGAUAUGCUUCAUUGUAAAAUCGUACUCUUACCUUCUUACAGGGAUCAAUUCCAGUACUUAUUCUUAAUGCAUAUCCCCACAUCCCUGCUUUACUUGUGGCUUACAUUCUCAGGAUGGGGAUGAAUGAAGCCAUUUAAUGCUGGGAAGUGUUGAUGCUUCAGUCUCGCAGCAACAGUAUACAAAGAGUGAUCAUUUUUUAUUUAGAUGUGGAUGAGACAAAGAAGACUUUCAUGGUAGUUUAGACUAUGUUCUUGUUUGAAAAGUUGACUCAUGGUUUAGAUCCAAGUGUUGGACAAAGGCUGUGUUUUCUCUGACUGUCUCAGACUAGAUGGGUAAAAGGUAUUUUGCCAAAGAUGUUUUUUUGUGAGAUCAGAGGAGUUCAGAAGUUAGGGUGCUGUCGAUUUCAUCACGCACUGUUUCAUCAAACUUGUGCUGGCGUAGCUCUCAGUCACAUAACCUCUGCUUGUCUUAACACCAUGUCCAUCCCUUUUUUUGCAAUGGACCAAACGCUCUCUGAAGUGGUUUGUGUAAAGCAUCCCCCCUCUGCCAGAUGCUGUAGCUGUCUGCUCGGCCUAUUGGGGUCAGCGAAGAUAAAAACAUUGCCUUGUGUAAACAUAAACUGACAUGAGCCGUCAGUCAACCAUGACAUGGAAGCAAGGAAGGUGUUUUCCAAAUCUACAGUAUGGGAUAAUUUUUGAUACAACCUUGACGCUCAUUGUUUUAGAAGACAAACCAAGCACUUACCAUUUCUGCUUCCCCAACCCACCCCCUCCUAGCUGGCUGCUAUGUGUUGCACUCUUGCCAGUUUGUAAUCUGUGCAGUGUUGGCUUGAACCCUGCACUCUGUUGGGCCGCCAGCUUUCCGGCAGGGUCAGACGGACCCUGGGAUUUUGUUUGUGAGAGUGUGUGUGUGUGUGUGUGUGUGUUUUUUUUCUUCCUGCAAGCAGCAUUCUCUCAGGACUGUGUCAAUGUUUCCUCCCCAGUUUAGUAAGAGUAACUAUAUUCUGUUCAGAGCAAAUCAGGAGCUGUUAAACCAUAUGAUACCUAAUGCAAAUGUUGUUCAGAUUUGUUACUGUAACACCAUUUCAUUAUUAAAGUUUGAGAGUGUAUGUUUAUGCUACAUACAGCCUGUUUUAACGCAGUGCAGAUGCUAAUGUGGAGCAAAACUAUUAUAUACGCAGCAAAGCCCCCUUUUAUUCUAAGCAAAAUCCCCCAUCCUACACCCUUGCAUCUACUCCACCUCCUCCCUGCCCCAGCGCAGCCGAUCCCCCAGCCUUCUGCCUCACUGUGGCGAGGACCAGCUGACCAUGCCGAAUCAGCAAAUGUGAGCAAGUGUGUGUGUGUGUGUGUGUGUGUGAGUGUGUGUGUGUGUGCGGGGUAUCAGAGGGGGGGGACAAGCAGAAGGUUCCAUGCUGUGAAUGACGUGCGUGUGUGUAAUCAGUGGAGUCGGUGUCCCCUCCAUCCCUCCCAUAGUUCUCCUUAUGGAAUGGGAGGAGGGGACCUCCACACAUAGCAGGAUUUACACCGUUUUUGUGUGUGUGUGUGUGUGUGUGUGUGUACGGGUGGGUGUGGUUUAAGUGUGUGUACAUAUAAUAGCAGAGCAAGGAUGUGAGUAGUGGAUUGUCUCACUUUGCAGUGACAGCUGGAGAGGACAAACCCCCCCAAUGUCUACACACACCAGCAGCCUCCCCCUCACCCACCAGUGUUCGUCUAAAGCUCUACGCACCCAGCAGCUGAAUGCACUACACGCCGCCCUCCCUCCACACUAUAUUACAUUACACUGUCAUUAGCUCGUCCAUGCUCAGCCACCUCAGAAGGGUUCGCCAUGACUCUACAGCUGCUAUUUUUAGGUGUCUUACAGUCACUAUUGGAGCUGAUCAGUGCGAUUGUACAGAUAGGCUUUCAGCUGCUGCAUAUUGACAACAACGUGCAAAUAUUUAGAAAAACAUGCAGAAUGACGCUUCCUCAAUCCCCAGCAGCUGUCCCUGUGUGUGUGUGUGUGUGUGUGUGUGUGUGUGUGUGUGUGUGUGUGUGUGUGUGUGUGUGAGAGUGAAUGUGUGUGCGUGGCUUCUGCAGCAUUGUACAGACUUGCUCUCUGGAUUCAGUUACCCUUGGGAGACUGUGUCAACCAGCUCAGUACUUUUUAGCAAAAGUAUGUGUGGGAAGGUUUUCCUUGAGCAAACAAUUCUAUCAGUGUGCCAAUAUGACAUGCAGUACACUAACCCAAGUUUCAAUAAUCACACCUUUUUGAGCAGUUUCUGUGCACAUGUGAAAACAGUUUCCCCCCCCAGUUCAUUCUAGCUUUUAAAGGAGUGGUAAUGGCUCGUCUAUUGUGUGUCGAUAAACUGCGUGCUCAUAUGUGUCUCUUCUUGUUCUCAGGCUCGCAUCAAGUUCCCUGUAGACUACCCGUACUCUCCACCUGCCUUCCGCUUCCUCACCAAAAUGUGGCACCCAAACAUUUAUGAGGUAACUCCGACUUGUGUCAAUUCUUGGACAGACCUUAGAGCAGUUCUUCAUCGCCUUUGUUUACAUGCCAUUGCACUGUUGCUAUGUUAAAAAGAUUAGCAUCAAGCACAAAAAAGAAACACUCCAUCUUUUUUAAUGAGGUGAAGUGUUGCUUUUUGAAAUUCUGGAUUUUAAAAUCUUGUAUGUUGGUAGGUAACUGAAAUGUCUUUUGAGCAUGUUAGUGAGUUUCCUUUUUGUCCCCAGAACGGAGAUGUAUGCAUCUCAAUCCUGCACCCACCAGUGGACGACCCACAGAGCGGAGAGUUGCCUUCAGAAAGGUGGAACCCCACACAAAACGUCAGGUACAAAGAGAAGUUACUUUCCUUAAAGAAAAACACCCAAAAGUAGCUAACUCAAUAACUAUUGCUGCGUUCGACUUACCUCAGAAGUCAGAUGUCGGAAGUGAAAAUGACGUCACACCCGAGUUCCCAGUGUUUCAGUUACCAAGUCGGAAAAAAGCAAAAUCAGAGGUGGAAACAAGAUGGCUACAUCUACGAAAGUUAUUUUAGAGCUUGCCUUGCCUGAAUAUAACAAGGACAAGGCAAGCACUAAAAUAACUUUCGCAGGUGCAGCCAUCUUGUUUCCGCCUCCGAUUUUGCUUUUUUCCAACUUGGUAACUUAUAUGCUGGUUACUCGGGUGUGAUGUCAUUUUCACUCCCGGCAUCUGACUUCUGAGGUAACUCGAAAGCACUAUAUUUCAAGGGCCCUGAUAUUAAUCUAACAACUCAACUCCAAUCCAGUCAUUAACCUCGAAGUAAAGUGGGCAAUAUGUCUUUUUUGACCCAUUAUUGUACACAUUUGCACAUAACACAAAAAAAACCACAAGAUAACAGAGUGUAUGUUAUGUUCUGUUAGGUUCAAAUAUUUUACAUGUGGUUGAAGUAAGAAUAACUGGGUUUAUUAGCUGCUAUUUGCCCAAACUUGUGAUGGUAUUUUACGUAGUUUUCCGUGUAUUUCACAUGUUGCUCUGUGUUGCAGGGGGGCUCUUAUUAGCUUGGAAAAAUGAGGUAGCAUUACAGUUAACAUGCAAAGACUUGAAACUUCUUCCCUCCCCCUGAGUUAUUUUGGUUAUUGAACACUAAUGACGCAGAUUGUAUGAAGUUUUUUUUAAAAACACCUUCGUUGAAAACAUCAGCUGAUUGGCUCCUUACAGCAGCCGUGAAAUUGAGAUUUUGCUUCAAACAGUUCUCAAGACCAUGGCCUGUUUUUAAAAAAUACUGACACCAAUUUUUUCCAUCUCUUUGUUACGACUUGAGGUUAUGUUUUAGAUUGUGAUUCUGACCCAAGCACAAUGUAUUACUCAUUAUGUUUUUAUAUAAUCUCUUGACACAGCUGUAUUUAUUCAACCCUUGCUGCUUUCUGUUCAAUCUCUUGCUGUGUUUUGUUAUUGCUUUUUUUAUGCAUUAUGUACAGAGGCACAUUCACAGCUGGAUGUAACUAUGUUUACAUUGAUUCUCUACUGCUGCUUGAUUCAGUGCAAACCAGCCAGUUUUCCUCAAUCAAGUUAAAUGAUGAAUAAUGAAUGUGCACAGUUGUCUCUAAGUAUUAAUGAGAGGUCAUCAGAGGCUGACGGCAGAGUGCUCUAGUAUAUCAACACUCUUUCUCUUUCUUUCUUUCUCUCCGUGUCUUUCUUUCCAUCUCUGUAUACCUCUUUGUCAAUUUCUAUGCGUCUUGUCUCAUCUUUCUCCCAUCCUCCACUCCACCCCCUGUUGUUCUUUUUCCAUCUCCUCCUCCUCCUCUUUCUCCUCCUCCUCUGGUAUUCUAAUCUCUCUCGGCUUUCUCAGGACCAUCCUGCUCAGUGUGAUCUCCCUCCUGAAUGAGCCCAACACCUUCUCCCCGGCCAACGUUGACGCUUCUGUCAUGUACCGCAAGUGGAGGGACAGCAAGGGCAAGGAUAGAGAAUACAUUGAGAUCAUCAGGUAAAAAAAAAAAACUAAGAACAAAACACACACAACUCUUCACACCUCCAGCACCAGCACCUACAGCCUUCCUUCCUUUUUUCUUUCUUUUUUUCUAACUCCUCCGUCUUUUCUCACAGAAAGCAGGUGUUGGCUACCAAAGCGGAUGCAGAACGGGAUGGUGUCAAGGUCCCCACCACACUGGACGAAUAUUGCGUUCGCACACAAGUCCCACCCACAGACGAUGGCUCCAACCUUUUAUACGACGACUACUAUGACGAUGAGGAACUGGAAGACGACGACGAUGAGGACGAUAAUGAUGACUGUUGCUAUGACGACGACGAUUCAGGCACCGAAGACUCCUGACCUUGCCUCCUUGUGAUGACACCGCCCUCUUGCCCUGGCCCCUAUCACCACACCUCCUUCUCUUGUCAUAAACUGAACUUAAACCCUCCCCUUUUCCUGUCACCCUCCUUACUUCACUUAGCACCGACCCCCCUGUCCAGAUUCUGUCACACGUGUAGUCACAGUACGCACACUAAAACCUGAUGCAUCCAAGAAAAAGAAAGCUGCAGAGUUCUCUUUUCUGUUUCUUACAUGUCUAUUUUUUUAAUUUGUUGUUUGAGGAGAAGUUACACACAUGAUAACCACACAGGAGCACAACUUACAUAAAUGAGAAGUAGUUCAAAUUUUCAAAGACCUGUUUCUUCUUCUGAACAUAACAAAGCUGAAGUAAUGGCCAAGUUUCCUGUUGAGAGUUUGGCCGAGAUAUGAUCAUGCCUUUUCUUGACUUCAACAUCAGCAGGGUGGAAUGUAACGUCACAGGUCAGAUAAGAUUCAAGUGAAAUGAUGAGCUAGCAUAUACAGAGCAACAAAGUUUGUGUGCUUUAUGCAUGUAUGGGAAAAGCCGAGUCACUCUCUCUCCGAGCCAUGUGUGUGUGACCUCUGGUUAGCAGGCUGUGGUGAAGUUCUGCCACACUUCACCUUUGACCCUUUGAGCCUUCUGGGCUUCUGCUGCUCCAAACAGGGAAGUUAUCCAUUUCAACAAUCCUGUUCACAUUCCCUCGUGCCUUCCCUCUCUCCCUUUUACCACAAAUCUAAACGAGCUGUGGGGGCGACUGUGCACACAGCGGGGGGAUUUUCAGGCUCACAAGGGUCCCAGGUGGGAAUACUGAACAAACAGCGCCCCCCCUGAUGGAAUAAGUUAUUUAAAGCAGCACCUGUCAGAUGUGUUAGGGGGUUGGAGUGAGAAAGGUGAGAUCCAACAGCUGAACUCAAGUAUGGAAUGUAGAUCAGAAUCCCACAAACGUCCUCCACUGCCCGCCACGCACCCUUCAUCACAGGAGCAUGAGCUACUUGCAGCUUGGAUGUAUUAAGAAACAACAACUCAUGAAAUCCAAUGUACUGUAUUUACAAAAACCUAUGCAGACAGUGCUUGAACAUAUCUUAUAUGCAGUGCUUCAAGCGUGGCAGUGAAGCUGAGCCUUUCUAGUUUGACCUGAACUCCAGUUUGAGUUCAAGAGCCAGCAACGAUCCUGUGAGGGCACUGGACUGAAUUAGUCCUCAGCUCGAGAUGUUUAUGUGGAGUUGUAUGAGGUAUCUAAGUUUGUCUGUGGUUUGAUACUCAAGCUCAGACUAGCACAAGUCCUCUGAGCGGAGGGGGGGAUAAGGUGAGUCUGUGCACAGGCCUCCAUCAGAGCUCGUCCCCUAGAGGUGGCUGUGUGUACAGGCAUCUAUCCUCUCCUAUGAAAUGCUUGACUAGGCUGCAGCCAUCUUUCCUCACAUGGAUAAAUGAACCUUGUUACCUCAGAACAGAAGAGGUAGCAGUGUGAGUGACUCGUGUAUGAUAACGGCGAACUAACUUUGGUUUUUGUUCUUAGUCGAUACCUUCUAGAAGCCCUCUACCACCACCCUGCAGUAUUUCUAUUGUAACCAUGUUUCCAUUGUGUGUGAAUAUUCGCUGGUUGUUAAUAAGAUGUGCUGAAAAGUAUUGAGAAGAAGUGCAGAAAAUGGGAAGGCAUGGGGAUCAGGUUGUCCUUGUAGCAUGAACAGGAGACUGUGGUUCUUCACUAGCAUGCUGUUAUGAUGUGUUUGUGGCUUUAGAACGAACUGCUAUAAAGGGUCGGGAUUGUGUCCAAGGACUUAAGUCUUCUUCUCAAUUUUAUCUAAAUCGUUCAGUUAUGAAUGGGCUGAGGGUUUUAUUUUAUUUUAUUUUAUUUUUUUCGUUUUGUUUGUUUUUUGUUUUUUGUUUCCCUCGGGAGGGGUGGUGUCACUUACUAUAUUGGUAUAAUCUUUAAUUUCCAAAUUGUGGUGUGGGCUACAAGUUUUUCUAUCUUAUACGAAUUAAGUGCUACCAACGUUGACCUGAUUGUGGAGAACACAGGAUUGUUCAUGAGAAAUGUACCAACGUAUUGAACACAAAUAACAAACAGGAAGUCCAAAUAGCACACCACUUAGUAAUUCUUCUAGCGUUUUCUAAAGCACUGAACGCUCAGAAAUGAGUUCUCAAUCUCCAGUGAUUAAAGGUAUCCAUCACACAGCCUAUAAAUGGUCCUUCCCCCUCUGUUUUACUGUUCUUGAGUAAAUGGGAUCAUUUUUGACAAACUACUGUUUUUUAUUUUUAUCCUGUCUCCACCUCCCCACUUGUCCCCCCCACUUUCUCUGAGCUCUGAUUGGUGGAAGCGUCACUGAGGAUAAAAAAAAAAAAAAGAAAAACUCAGCAAAUAAUUACAGAAAACCACAAAGACCUCAGGAAAAAUAGCAACGACAAAAACAUCUAAUAAACAAACAAACAACCUUUUCAUUUUUCAAUCCGAGCGAACCUACGCCCCAGGGAGUCUCACUUUUUGGCUUCAAAGGACUGUUUACAAUCUCUUCCUUAUUAUGCACAUGUGGAUAUUUGAUGAUCACUUAAUGUUUUUCUUUUCUUCUUGUUUAUAUUUUCUUUUUUCUUAUGGUUUGUAAAUCUAUUUAAAAUCUGAAAUAAAGAUCUUUAUUAGAUAAUGA